AUGACAACCAACACGCCCCCGAUUACCUGGGGUCAUGAACUUCUCAUAAAGCCGCCAAAUAAAACCAAGCGACAACUUACAGAGACCAUCUGUCGCAACGCUAUUUCGGAAGACCUUCGGUUCCAACAAUAUGCAGAGAUGUCCAUUUGGGUCUGUCUGCACACCAGCAAAGACCCUGUCCUGCAUAUCACUGUGCGCCUCAAGACCUCACAACAACUCCUCAAUGGUAGACAGUUUGUCGCCCAUAUUUACCGGCCCUGUGAAGACAUGCCACCGCAGAUUUUCGGCGAAGAUCGUGAUGACGAGGCGAGGAGUCGACGUCCACGUCGACAUCGAUAUCGACGGAAUCGAAACGCGCAACAAUAUCGCUGA